GGUGCAGUUGAGCGGUCCAUCUUGAGAUUAUCUCACUCAAAGCUCUAAAGCUUAACGCAUUGUCUUCAUCGCACCAUUCAUCAACAGCAGUUUAUCUUCGGUUCCCCUUUUACGGUGAAGAAAAGAUAAAGGCUGAUCUGACCGAGUUUUAAAUUAUUCCUUGCAGGUGAAAGUGAAUCAUAGAAAAAACCUAACAAGGGACUUGGCCAGACUGAAAUAAUGGAUCGAAGGUGCCUAUACGUGAUCCUGAUGUUGGAGGGCCUGGCCAUCUCUGCAGUGACCGGAGCAAACAGUGAAGCUGAUGAGAACGCUGUAGACAGCCCCAACUAUUAUUACGACACUCCUGACCCCGUGUAUUUGCCAAGCGAGAAGUUGUACAACCAGCCCCAAGCUCCUACUGUGAUCUACCUGCCCCAGCCCUCGCCCUACACCGCCUCUCAGACCCCAGUCAACACUAACGUCAUCCCCCAGCCACGGUCUUAUUUCGCACAAAAGCAAACUUACUAUCAAAACCCAAAGCCGGCCUCUACCUACCUCCAACAAAUAACGCAACUUCAGCAGCAGCAGCAACGAAAACAGCAGCAGCAGCAGCAACAACAACAACAACGACAACAGCAACUGCAGCAACUUCAGAAUGUGAACACCAAUGCAGCGUCUUUGUGUGGCGCGAAUGCGUGUGCGGUCGGCACUGUGUGUAGAGUUGUCCAGCUAUGCACUAUGUGCUCCCCCCUUGCUGUGUGUAUUCGGCCGGGAACUUUGCCUGCUGAAGUUGGUGAACCUCGUCAAGAGAAUGUAAGAAGGGACACGUUGCAGGGUUAUACAUGGUGGCCAGCUCACUGA